AUGAUUCUGAACCAGGAAAUGGCGUCUUUGUGGAUGGUAUUGAUUGACAGCAUCAUACUGUGGUCAGCACAGUUUGUGACGGUAUCGACAGAAUCUCUAUGCCCGGAAAUAGCUCAUCUUUCGGGAUCCUACAACAUCUCUGCAAAGAUUGUUUACGAUCAUUUCGUUUGGGUACGCCCCAGCGACAACCAGAACGUCGUCACUUGUAGUCCAGCAUGCAGCGGCACGACUACGUACUCUGCAACCCAGAAGAAUACCGAAAAUAUAACCACCCUUACCAUAGGGAGGGUUCAAUUCGGAGAUGCUGGAACAUGGGUCAUUUCCAACACAAGUUCUCGCGGAGUGCCUGCAUGUUAUUUAACGGUCGCAGGUCUUCCAAAUUGCGCCAUCACCAGCUCUCUGUCCUACGAUUCCCUUGAACCGAAUUCAGAGCUGACACUGGUUGCAAACAUACGGGGUUACUACUGCUCAAAACAGGCAGGGUUUGAACUUAUUACUGGCCGUGACGUACCCGAGGUGUUGUUAAAGAACCACACAGUUACUGAUGUGACUGACAUCGUCCUCAGCUCCACCUUCAACGUAACACUGAAACGACUUGGAAAUGUUCAACUGGAUUUUACGUGUGACAACGCAACAUUUAAUCUUCCCUGUCAUGGAGUGUCGACACUUCUCAAAAGUCCUCCGGAGUGUGACAUUAGCAGCUCCAGGAAUGGAUCCCUGAUUCCUGGUACAAGCCUGACUCUCACUGUCAACAUCACCAACUACUACUGCACUGAGGAGGCUGCAUUCGACCUCAUCACUGGAAGUGUCCAGCAGGAGCUGGUACCCAGACACCACGUUGUCGACAUUAACAGCACCGUCGUCAGCGAGACCUUUGAAGUCACCUCUGUGCAUGACGGGGACGUAAAAGUCAACUUCAAAUGUGGCGGCAUCCAUCGUGAACUUAGCUGCGACGGCGACAAGAAGAUAAUUGUAGUAUCGACAGAAUGCCCGGCAAUAGCUCAUUUUUCCGGAUCCUACAACAUCUCUGCAAAGAUUGUUUACGAUCGUUUCGCUUGGGUCCUCGGGUGUGACAUUAGCAGCUCCAGGAAUGGAUCCCUGAUUCCUGGUACAAGCCUGACUCUCACUGUCAACAUCACCAACUACUACUGCACUGAGGAGGCUGCGUUCGACCUCAUCACCGGAAGUGUCCAGCAGGAGCUGGUACCCAGACACCACGUUGUGCGACACAUUAACAGCACCGUCGUCAGCGAGACCUUUGAAGUCACCUCUGUGCAUGACGGGGACGUAAAGUCAACUUCAAAUGUGGCGGCAUCCAUCGUGAACUUAGCUGCGACGGCGACAGAAGAUAAUUGUAGGUAA